AACACUCUUUUAACCGUCAUGACACGUCAUCACGUCCGCUUCAUUUUUGGUAAAAGGCGCAUGUGCCAGCUAGCGCACAACAAAGAAAUGUUGCGUUCACUCCUCGUUUCAAGUCGAAGAAGCCCUGGUAGGGGCGCGUUUAUAUUCGAAGCCCUUUGUGUCCGGCAGCAUCACCAUGGCGUGGACUCUGCAGACGUGCAGUAUGACGGACUGUACCCAGGCCACAUCCCCACCAGCCCCAUCCAGAAAGCCCUGUUGGCUGUCGGCUCCGGGGUGGCAGCCCUGCAAGACCCCUACAGACAUGACAUGGUGGCAGUGCUGGGAGAGACGACAGGACACCUGGCCCUGAUGACGCUUCGGGAUCGAAUGAGAGGAGACCCUGAGGGCUAUACCAUUCUAACUGAGCGCCCACGGAUCAGACUAUCCACAUUGCAUCUGUCCAAGAUGGCUUCCCUUCCAGAUGGAUCCUUUGGGAGAGAGUACCUGCGCUUCCUUGAGGACAAUAGGGUGACCCCUGACUCGAGGGUGAAUGUGAAAUUUGUGGAUAAUGAGGAGUUGGCGUACGUCAUGCAGCGGUACCGAGAAGUCCACGAUUUACUGCACACCUUACUAGGCAUGCCCACUAACAUGCUGGGUGAAGUGGCAGUAAAGUGGUUUGAGGCUGCUCAAACUGGCCUGCCCAUGUGCAUCCUGGGAGCAGCGUUGGGACCGCUCCGUCUGUCCACAAGUCGUCUGGAGCCCUUGGUGACGUCACUGGGACCGUGGGCUGUGAGGAAUGGCCGGCAGGCCCGCUGUGUCUUCAGCAUCUUCUACGAGCGCCGCUGGGAGCAGAGUCUGGAGGACCUGAGAAAGGAGCUGAACAUCGAGCCUCCCCCGCACACCAUCACGGCCACCAGCCAGAAAGCCACAUUAGAUUCUUAGCACUGACCUCGAAUGUCAGAGGUCACUGUACAACCAGAUGGGACAGAAUGCAGGGACUCUUUGGAGGGAUGUCAUACAGUAAUUUAGGCAUUGUAUGUGGAGUGACUGAGUCACGGCAAUUGUGUCAAGCUUCCCCCAUGAUUUCAAGUGAAGGAAGAAAAGGCCAAUAUUCACAGUGGGUGCAGAGGAUUACCAGAGGGCUGGAUGCAAUUUUCACCAUGGCACGGAUACACAUGAUUAUUCGAAUAUGGCACAUAUUAGUUAAUUAUUGCAUUCUAUCCAUGCUACCUGAGACAUGAAACAGACAAGUUGGAGGGCAUGCAGUAGGGCAUACAGAUAGGUCAGAUCGUAUUGAUCACAUACAGAUGGUUAGCAGAUGUUAUUGCGAGUAUAGCGAAAUGCUUGUGCUUCUAGUUCCGACGCACAAGCAUUACGAUCUGACCUAUCUGCAUGCCCUCCCACUUGUCUGUUUCAUGCCUCAGGUAGCAUGGAUAGAAUGCAAUAAUUGACUAAUAUGUGCCAUGUUGGAAUAAUUAUGUGUGAAGUAUGGUGAAACUUGCACUCCUGGGAGGGCAUACAUGCAAUUUGCCUAAAUGGAAACACCUCUUCAUUUUUAUUGGACACUGUAGCAAUGUUUUUGUGAAAAACUGUAUUUGUUGUUUUUAAAAGUCACCUUGACCUAGAGAGAUUUACACCGUUACCAAAUCAUCACAACAGGGUAAGCCUACACAAAACAGCCCUUAUUUGUAGUGGUUGCUAAAAAUCCCCUAUGGUGGAAAAACGAUUGGAACCUUUUCCCUGUUGGACAGUUGGUUUUUAUGGGCAUUAUGGCUCAUACUGUGGUACUCUGUUCUACUAUAUCUGCCAUUUCCAUUACACAUGUCACAAUGACUCAAUAUAAACCUACCUAUUGAGUGCAAGGCACUUUUUGUACUACCUUGUUGAGGAUCUUGUAGGUCAUGGCUAAAUGGGAUAAAAUACAGCUUUUGUAAAAUGAAUGCCUAAAUGUGAUUUUAUUUGCAUGUUAGCUAACCUGAACCCUAACGCUUUUCCUGAGAUCUUAACCUAAUUCACCUAAUCUGCUAUGUUAAUUAUCCUAACCUGCUAAUAAAAGUAACAAAAGCUGUAGGCUACAUAUCCCAUCUAGUCAAAACCGGUUCUUGUAUUAGGCCUACCAGCUGGUAUUCUUCAACCACCUAAUCAUCACAAGGCUAGGCAGACCGAGGACAAGGGAGAGCAUGUUGCUGGCAGUUAGGCUAUGUGAGGUGGAAGUGAGUAGUUAUUUAGUCAUCAAUUGAUGACUGUUGAUAGAAACAAAUAAUGUCUGGUAUCAGUAAAACACUAAGACGUCAUUUUUUAAAUAUCUGACAUAGCCCCAUUGGUAUCACACAUGGCACAUUUACUGUAAAGAAUGGCUGUCGUAAUGUGUUUUAUAUGUAUUCAUGAUGAGCACAGGGCUGUUCAUGUAUCUCGGGGGUGAGAUGUGUCGCUCAUCAAUAAAUGCUUUGCACAUUGUU